AUGGUAAAUCAAGAAGGCAACAAUACCACACAAAAUAAAUUCCCUUCAUCACAAAAGAAGAAGAAAAAGGAAAAACAACCACUUCCACCAGAUGCUAUGGGACAUUGCGGAGAGGUAUAUCAUCCUAUUUUGACAAGGUCUGCAUGCCAUUCAAAUGAACAACAGAAACAAGAACACACUUUUCUUGUGAGUCAUACACAUGGCUUUGAACAAAUUGUGAAGGAUGAAAUUCUUUCACUCUUUGACUCAAAUUUGCAAUUUAAUUGGUAUGAAAAAUUAAAUCCGAAAAUUAGGGUCCACGAUUAUCCAACAACUAUUGCUGGUAAAUUUAUGAAAAAGGUGGAAAACUCGGUACCAAACGAGCUAAAAACUUUGAGUGAGAGUCACAAAGUGACAUUUAUUAAUUUUUCUAAUUUAUUUGAAAUUGAAUUUUUAUAUUCUAGAAAUGGAUUAUUAAUAUUUAAUGUUUCUUCUAAAGGAAGUGAUAAUAAUUUAUUUAUGGAAAAUCUAGUUUAUUUAGUCUGCCAUUUAAAUGCUAUUCCUAGUAUUGAUUUUGUGUAUUCAUUUAUUUGCAUUGUUCCUGAUAUACCUUUUGAUAAAGAGACUGCAAUGCCAAUAUUUGCAGAAACUAUACCAAAAAGAGAGCAAGAUACUCAAGCAUGGAAACAAUCUUUUGAACUAUUCGAAAAAUUAUAUUGCAAAAAGUUUGAAAAACAAAACCUUUAUUCCAAGGAUACCAACUUUAGGGCUACUGGUGUAAGAAAACAAACAAGUAUUUUGAAGCAUGACUACAAAUCAAUGGAUAUGGCCGCCGAGUAUGGAUACGGAAUUGGAGAAACAAUUUGUAAGGACAUGAAGGUUAACCUGAAAAAGUAUGACCUUGACAUUUUAAUUUAUUUGGAUAUUGAUAGAGUGUUUAUAGGAAUGCUAUUGUCCCCUCCAUUACAUGCUUUAGAAGAAUUGAAAAUUAGACAUUUUUCUUUGAACAAUCAAGUUAUUGAUAGUAAUCUCAGUGAGGACGAAUUGAAUGUAUUGAAUUCAUGUGAUUUGAUUUAUUCAUACACUAAACAAGAUAUUAGAUUAACCUACGGAAAAUCUACCUUGAAACCUCAAACAAGCUACAUGCUUUGGAAAACUUUAUUGAUGGAAAAUUCAAUUUUACGCGACAAAUUAUUCCAACAAUCACAAUUAGUUACUUUUGUUGAUCCAUUUGCAGGAAGUGGUACUCUUUCGCUCUCACUUAAUUAUCUCUUCACUGAUAAUGAUCCUAAAGUUCAACUUUAUAAUAUUGAUUUCAAUCUAGAUGAAGUGAGUGCUAUGAAGGAUAAUUGCAGCAAAAACAGAAAUAUUCAUAUUUUAAAUUGUGAUUCUAGAUUCUUACCUUUUAGAAAUGAAAGCAUUGAUGUUGUUAUAUCAGAUAUGCCAUUUGGAGUUUUAUGUGGAAAUCACUCUAGAAACUCAAAGGUCUACCCAAAGAUUGUAAAACAACUUGAAAGAAUUGUUAAGCCUGAUGGAGUUGUACUGUUGCUAACUAUCGAACUUGCCUUACUGGAAUCUCAAUUAAAUGCCAGAAAUCGAUGGACAUUCACAACACAAAAAGUAACACUUGGAGAUUUAGGAAAAGGAAUACAAGCAACCAUUUACAUUUGCAAGAAAAAACCUGCAACUGUCAACAAGUUUGUUAAUUUAUAA